AUGACGUCAGGAUCUGGGCAUGUGGACUCCAAGGCUGAACUCACUGCUUUGCUGGAGCAAUGGGAGAAAGAACAUGGCAGUGGGCAAGACAUGGUCCCUAUCCUCACCAGAAUGUCUGAGUUAAUUGAGAAGGAGACUGAAGAAUACCGCAAGGGGGAUCCGGACCCAUUUGAUGACAGACACCCUGGUCGAGCAGAUCCAGAGUGUAUGCUGGGCCAUCUGCUGAGAAUACUUUUCAAGAAUGACGACUUCAUGAAUGCGCUGGUGAAUGCUUACGUGAUGACAAGCAGGGAACCUCCAUUAAAUACUGCUGCCUGCCGACUCCUUCUGGACAUCAUGCCAGGACUGGAAACUGCUGUUGUCUUUCAGGAAAAGGAAGGCAUAGUUGAAAAUCUAUUUAAGUGGGCACGAGAGGCGGAUCAGCCAUUGAGGACAUAUGCAACUGGGUUGCUAGGAGGUGCUAUGGAAAACCAAGAUAUUGCUGCCAACUACAGGGAUGAGAACUCUCAACUGGUAGCUUUGGUUCUUCGACGGCUACGGGAGCUACAGGGUAAUGAAAUGACCAUGAAACAGGAAAACAAGCGUCCCAGUCCUCGGAAACUGCCUUCGGAACCUCUGUUGCCUCUGGAUGAAGAGGCUGUGGAUAUGGACUAUGGGGAGAUGGCAGUAGAUGGGGAACAGGAGGAAGUUGCCGGGGAUAUGGACAUCUCUUUUCAUCUUGAUACAAGCCACAAGACCAGCAGUCGAGUGAACUCUGCCACAAAGCUUGAGGACAUGGGACUAAGGAAAAGCAAAUCAGGGAAACCGCAUGAAAGAGACAGCUUCCGGAAGGCCAAACAAAAACUGGGCUUCUCUUCUUCAGAGCCAGAGCGGAUGUUUGUUGAGUUAUCCAACAGCAGCUGGUCAGAAAUGUCCCCAUGGGUAAUUGGCACCAACUAUACCCUUUACCCUUUGACUCCUGCCAUAGAGCAGAGACUAAUUCUGCAGUACCUGACCCCCUUAGGAGAAUACCAAGAGCUGCUCCCUAUCUUCAUGCAACUUGGAUCAAGAGAGCUGAUGAUGUUCUACAUUGACCUGAAACGGACCAAUGAUGUGCUGCUUACCUUUGAAGCUCUAAAGCAUUUGGCAUCGUUGCUGCUCCACAACAAGUUUGCUACGGAGUUUGUUGCUCAUGGAGGAGUGCAGAAGCUGCUAGAGAUUCCUCGUCCUUCCAUGGCAGCUACAGGGGUCUCCAUGUGCUUAUAUUAUCUAUCCUACAACCAGGAUGCCAUGGAGAGGGUGUGCAUGCAUCCCCAUAACGUGCUGUCGGAUGUUGUGAACUACACCCUGUGGUUGAUGGAAUGCUCCCAUGCCUCGGGCUGCUGCCAUGCUACCAUGUUCUUCUCCAUUUGCUUCUCCUUCCGUGCUGUCCUGGAGCUCUUCGACAGGCAUGAUGGCCUCCGUCGCCUAGUGAACUUGAUCAGCACCUUGGAGAUCUUAAACCUGGAAGACCAGGGAGCCCUCCUGAGUGACGACGAGAUCUUUGCCAGUCGCCAAACUGGGAAGCACACCUGCAUGGCCCUGCGCAGGUACUUUGAAGCUCACCUUGCCAUCAAACUUGAACAGGUGAAGCAGUCGCUCCAGCGCACUGAAGGUGGCAUUCUGGUCCAUCCGCAACCACCGUACAAGGCCUGUUCCUACACCCAUGAGCAGAUUGUGGAGAUGAUGGAGUUUCUAAUAGAGUAUGGUCCAGCACAGCUCUACUGGGAGCCAGCGGAAGUCUUUCUCAAAUUGUCUUGUGUGCAACUCAUGCUCCAGCUUAUCUCCAUAGCAUGCAACUGGAAGACGUACUAUGCCAGGAAUGACACAGUGCGCUACGCUUUGGAUGUUCUGGCUAUCCUUACUGUGGUUCCUAAAAUCCAGUUGCAGCUGGCAGAGCCUGUAGAUGUGUUGGAUGAAGCAGGAUCUACUGUCUCCACUGUGGGUAUCAGCAUCAUCCUGGGGGUUGCUGAGGGUGAAUUUUUCAUCCAUGAUGCAGAGAUCCAGAAGUCAGCCCUUCAGAUCAUCAUCAACUGUGUGUGUGGCCCAGAUAAUCGGAUCUCCAGUAUCGGCAAAUUCAUCUCGGGAACACCCCGACGAAAGCUCCCCCAGGCACCCAAAAGCAGUGAGCACACACUGGCCAAGAUGUGGAAUGUGGUGCAGUCCAACAAUGGCAUCAAAGUGCUGCUGUCACUACUGUCUAUAAAGAUGCCAAUUACAGAUGCAGAUCAGAUCCGAGCGUUAGCCUGCAAGGCCUUGGUGGGGCUGUCCCGUAGCAGUACUGUCCGGCAGAUCAUCAGCAAGCUUCCCCUCUUCAGCAGCUGUCAGAUCCAGCAACUGAUGAAGGAGCCUGUGCUCCAGGACAAGCGCAGUGACCAUGUCAAGUUCUGCAAGUAUGCUGCUGAGCUGAUAGAGCGUGUCUCGGGGAAGCCAUUGCUGAUUGGCACAGAUGUCUCCUUGGCUCGGUUGCAGAAAGCGGAUGUGGUGGCCCAGUCAAGGAUCUCGUUUCCUGAAAAGGAGUUGCUGCUUUUGAUUCGGAACCAUCUCAUCUCUAAGGGGCUAGGAGAAACUGCUACUGUCCUCACUAAAGAGGCAGAUCUACCCAUGACUGCGGCAUCUCACUCCUCUGCCUUCACCCCUGUUGCAGCCGCUGCCUCCCCUGUGGCUCUGCCUCGCACACCUCGUAUAGCUAAUGGUAUCUCAGCCCGACUGAGUAGCCAUGCUUCUGUAGGUUCUACUGCCACCUCUGUCCAUGCUCAACCAAGGCCUUCUGUAUCCCAGGGUCCACUUGCCCUUCCAGGUCCUUCUUAUGCCAGCAACUCCCCUUUGAUUGGCAGGAUUAGCUUCAUCAGAGAGAGGCCACCACCCUGCAAUGGCAGGAAAAUCAGAGUGCUGAGACAAAAAUCGGACCACGGCGCCUACAGCCAGAGCCCAGCCAUCAAAAAGCAGCUGGACAGACACCUCCCUUCCCCACCCACGCUGGACAGUAUAAUUACAGAGUACCUUAGGGAGCAGCAUGCCCGCUGCAAGAACCCUGUUGCCACCUGCCCCCCUUUCUCUCUCUUUACUCCCCACCAGUGCCCUGAGCCAAAACAGAGGCGCCAGGCGCCAACUAACUUUACCUCGCGGCUGACCCGUAGGGCAGCCUUUCCGAAGUAUGGAGGGGUGGACGGUGGAUGCUUUGAUAGACACCUUAUAUUCAGCAGGUUUCGUCCAAUUUCUGUGUUCCGGGAAGCAAAUGAGGAUGAAAGUGGCUUUACCUGCUGUGCAUUCUCUGCACGGGAGCGGUUCCUAAUGCUGGGCACUUGCACUGGGCAGCUGAAGCUCUACAAUGUUUUCAGUGGGCAGGAGGAGGCCAGUUACAACUGCCAUAACUCUGCCAUCACGCACCUUGAGCCAUCCAGGGAUGGAUCUUUACUGCUAACAUCUGCUACGUGGAGCCAGCCAUUGUCUGCGCUGUGGGGGAUGAAAUCUGUCUUUGACAUGAAGCAUUCCUUCCCAGAUGAUCACUAUGUGGAGUUCAGCAAGCACUCUCAGGAUAGGGUCAUUGGCACAAAAGGGGACAUUGCCCAUAUCUAUGAUAUUCAGACUGGCAACAAGCUAUUGACUCUGUUUAACCCAGAUCUUGCCAACAACUACAAGAAGAACUGCGCCACCUUUAACCCCACAGAUGACCUUGUCCUAAAUGAUGGGGUGCUCUGGGAUGUCCGUUCUGCACAGGCCAUCCACAAGUUUGACAAAUUCAACAUGACUAUCAGUGGAGUUUUUCAUCCUAAUGGGCUAGAGGUCAUAGUCAACACAGAGAUUUGGGAUCUUCGAACGUUCCAUUUGCUGCACACGGUACCAGCAUUGGAUCAGUGCCGUGUAGUCUUCAACUACACUGGCACAGUUAUGUAUGGAGCUAUGUUGCAGGCGGAUGAUGAAGAUGACCUACUGGAGGAGAGGAUGAGAAGUCCCUUUGGGUCAUCCUUCAGGACAUUCAAUGCAACGGACUAUAAACCUAUAGCCACCAUUGAUGUAAAACGGAAUAUCUUUGAUUUGUGCACGGACAGCAAGGAUUGCUAUUUGGCUGUUAUUGAGAAUCAAGGGAGCAUGGAUGCCAUGAACAUGGAUACAGUUUGCAGGCUCUAUGAGGUAGGCAGGCAGCGUUUGGCAGAAGAUGAAGAGGAUGAAGAGGAAGAUCAGGAGGAGGAAGAACAAGAGGAAGAGGAUGAUGAUGAAGAUGAUGAUGAUACAGAUGACCUUGAUGAACUAGACACUGACCAGCUGCUGGAGGCCGAGCUGGAGGAGGAUGAGAACAAUGAGAAUGCUGGUGAGGAUGGAGACAAUGAUUUCGCUCCCUCUGAUGAUGAGGAGCUUGCCAACUUGCUGGAAGAGGGGGAUGAAGGUGAAGAUGAGGAUUCUGAUGCAGAUGAGGAAGUUGAGCUGAUCCUUGGUGAUACUGACAGCUCAGAUAACUCGGACUUGGAAGACGACAUAAUCUUGUCUCUGAAUGAGUGAGGAGUGACCACCACGCAGGGUGUUG